AUGAGGAGAGACAAGGAGGAGGAGAGACAAGGAGGAGGGAGGAGAGAGGAGGAGAAACAAGGAGGGAGGAGAGACCAGGAGGAGGAGAGACAAGGAGGAGGGAGGAGAGACCAGGAGGAGGAGAGAGUAGGAGGAGGGAGGAGAGACCAGGAGGAGGAGAGACAAGGAAGGGGAGGAGGGACCAGGAGGAGGAGAGACCAGGAGGAGGAAGAGAGGAGGAGAGAGGAGGAGGGAGGAGAGACCAGGAGGAGGAGAGACAAGGAGGAGGGAGGAGGGACUAGGAGGAGGAGAAACAAGGAGGAGGGAGGAGAGACUAGGAGGAGGAGAGACAAGGAGGAGGGAGGAGGGGAAACAAGGAGGAGGAGGAGAGACAGGAGGAGGAGAGACAAGGAGGAGGAGGAGAGACUAGGAGGAGGAGAGACAAGGAGGAGGGAGGAGAGACCAGGAGGAGGAGAGACAAGGAGGAGGGAGGAGAGACCAGGAGGAGGAGAGCCAAGGAGGAGGGAGGAGAGGACCAGGAGGAGGAGAGACAAGGAGGAGGGAGGAGGGACCAGGAGGAGGAGAGACAAGGAGGAGGGAGGAGAGACUAGGAGGAGGAGAGACAAGGAGGAGGGAGGAGAGACCAGGAGGAGGAGAGACAAGGAGGAGGGAGGAGAGACCAGGAGGAGGAGAGCCAAGGAGGAGGGAGGAGAGACCAGGAGGAGGAGAGCCAAGGAGGAGGGAGGAGAGACCAGGAGGAGGAGAGACAAGGAGGAGGGAGGAGAGACCAGGAGGAGGAGAGAACAAGGAGGAGGGACUAGGAGGAGGAGAGACAAGGAGGAGGGAGGAGAGACCAGGAGGAGGAGAGACAAGGAGGAGGGAGGAGAGACCAGGAGGAGGAGAGACAAGGAGGAGGGAGGAGAGACCAGGAGGAGGAGAGACAAGGAGGAGGGAGGAGAGACCAGGAUGAGGAGAGACAAGGAGGAGGAGAGCCAAGGAGGAGGGAGGAGAGACCAGGAGGAGGAGAGACAAGGAGGAGGGAGGAGAGACCAGGAGGAGGAGAGACCAGGAGAGGAGGAGGAGAGCCAAGGAGGAGGGAGGAGAGACCAGGAGGAGGAGAGACAAGGAGGAGGGAGGAGAGACCAGGAGGAGGAGAGACAAGGAGGAGGGAGGAGAGACCAGGAGGAGGAGAGACAAGGAGGAGGAGAGACCAGGAGGAGGGAGGAGGGACUAGGAGGAGGAGAGACCAGGAGGAGGAGAGACAAGGAGGAGGGAGGAGAGACCAGGAGGAGGAGAGACAAGGAGGAGGGAGGAGGGACUAGGAGGAGGAGAGACAAGGAGGAGGGAGGAGAGACCAGGAGGAGGAGAGACAAGGAGGAGGGAGGAGAGACCAGGAGGAGGAGAGACAAGGAGGAGGGAGGAGGGACUAGGAGGAGGAGAAACAAGGAGGAGGGAGGAGAGACUAGGAGGAGGAGAGACAAGGAGGAGGGAGGAGAGACCAGGAGGAGGAGAGACAAGGAGGAGGGAGGAGAGACCAGGAGGAGGAGAGCCAAGGAGGAGGGAGGAGAGACCAGGAGGAGGAGAGCCAAGGAGGAGGGAGGAGAGACCAGGAGGAGGAGAGACAAGGAGGGGGAGGAGAGACCAGGAGGAGGAGAAACAAGGAGGAGGGACUAG